GAGGCCAGGAGGAGAAGAGAACAUCCAUAACCACAAUAAAGAUGGCGAAAUGUGCGUAGUCCUCGUGCUGGAUUGGGGUUACGUAGAUCGGCGUGCUGCAAACCAGCUCUGGGCGGCUCUGGGUAGGUUGUAGAUCUGCGGGUUGCAGAGCGCAGACUUCGGGUGGACGCGGCUGAGGUGACUCUUGCUUCUCCCUGAGAACUUCAGGUUAUCCUCCUGUCUUCACUCGUUUCUGUCUAGAGCGGGACUGUCUUUCAAUCUGCCCCCAAAGGGAGCAUAAACCAGGGACUGAUAUCAUGCAGCAGAAGACCAAAUUAUUUCUCCAAGCUUUGAAGUAUAGUAUUCCUCACCUUGGGAAAUGCAUGCAGAAACAGCAUUUGAAUCACUGUAACUUCGCUGAUCAUUAUUACAGUACAAUAAAAUUGAAAAAAUGUCACCUAACCAAGUGUCUGCAGAAUAAACCCAAGAUAUCAAAGUUAGCAAGAAACAUUCCAAGUCGGAGCUUCUCAUGUAAGGAUCUUCUGCCUGUUAAACAAGAAAACAAAAAAUCCCUUUCUGAAAACAUGGAUGCAUUUGAAAAAGUGAGAACAAAAUUAGAAACACAACCACAAGAAGAAUAUGAAAUCAUCAAUGCAGAGGUGAAACAUGGUGGUUUUGUAUAUUAUCAGGAAGGCUGCUGCUUGGUUCGUUCCAAAGAUGAAGAAGACAAUGAUAAUUAUGAAGUUUUAUUCAAUUUGGAGGAACUUAAAUUAGACCAGCCCUUCAUUGAUUGUAUCAGAGUUGCUCCAGAUGAGAAAUAUGUGGCUGCCAAGAUAAGAACAGAGGAUUCUGAAGCAUCUACCUGUGUCGUUGUGAAGCUCAGUGAUCAGCCAGUAAUGGAAGCUUCUUUCCCAAACGUGUCCAGUUUUGAAUGGGUAAAGGAUGAAGAAGAUGAAGAUGUUUUAUUCUACACCUUCCAGAGGAAUCUUCGCUGUCAUGAUGUAUAUCGAGCCACUUUUGGUGAUAACAAACGUAAUGAACGUUUUUAUACAGAAAAAGACCCAAGCUAUUUUGUUUUCCUUUAUCUUACAAAGGAUAGUCGUUUCCUCACUAUAAAUAUUAUGAACAAGACCACUUCUGAAGUGUGGUUGAUAGAUGGCCUGAGCCCUUGGGACCCACCAGUACUUAUCCAGAAGCGAAUACAUGGGGUCCUUUACUAUGUUGAACACAGAGAUGAUGAAUUAUACAUUCUCACUAAUGUUGGAGAGCCUACAGAGUUCAAGCUAAUGAGAACAGCAGCUGAUACCCCAGCUAUUAUGAACUGGGAUUUGUUUUUCACAAUGAAGAGAAAUACAAAAGUUGUAGACUUGGACAUGUUUAAGGAUCACUGUGUUCUAUUCUUGAAGCACAGCAAUCUACUUUAUGUUAAUGUGAUUGGUCUGGCUGAUGAUUCAGUGCGGUCUCUGAAGCUUCCUCCUUGGGCCUGUGGAUUUAUAAUGGAUACAAAUUCUGACCCAAAGAACUGCCCCUUUCAACUCUGCUCUCCAAUACGACCCCCAAAAUAUUACACAUAUAAGUUUGCAGAAGGCAAACUAUUUGAGGAAACUGGGCAUGAGGACCCAAUUACAAAGACUAGUCGUGUUUUACGUCUAGAAGCCAAAAGUAAGAAUGGAAAAUUAGUGCCAAUGACUAUUUUCCACAAAACGGACUCUGAGGAUUUACAGAAGAAACCCCUCUUGGUACAUGUAUAUGGAGCUUAUGGAAUGGAUUUGAAAAUGAAUUUCAGACCUGAGAGGCGGGUCUUGGUAGAUGAUGGAUGGAUUUUAGCCUAUUGCCAUGUUAGAGGUGGUGGUGAGUUAGGCCUCCAGUGGCAUGCUGAUGGCCGGCUAACUAAAAAACUCAAUGGCCUUGCUGACUUAGAGGCUUGCAUUAAGACGCUUCAUGGCCAAGGCUUUUCUCAGCCAAGUCUAACAACCCUGACUGCUUUCAGUGCUGGAGGGGUGCUUGUGGGAGCAUUGUGUAAUUCUAAUCCAGAGCUCCUGAGAGCUGUGACUUUGGAGGCACCUUUCUUGGAUGUUCUCAACACCAUGAUGGACACUACACUUCCUCUGACAUUAGAAGAACUAGAAGAGUGGGGGAAUCCCUCAUCUGAUGAAAAACACAAGAACUACAUAAAACGUUACUGCCCUUAUCAAAAUAUUAAACCUCAGCAUUAUCCUUCAAUUCACAUCACAGCUUAUGAAAAUGAUGAACGUGUACCUCUAAAAGGAAUUGUUAACUAUACUGAGAAACUGAAGGAAGCCAUCAUGGAGCAUGCUAAGGACACAGGUGAAGGCUAUCAGGCUCCCAAUAUUAUUUUAGAUAUUCAGCCCGGAGGGAAUCAUGUGAUUGAAGAUUCUCACAAAAAGAUUACAGCCCAGAUUAAAUUCCUGUAUGAGGAACUUGGACUUGACAGCACCAGUGUUUUCGAGGAUCUUAAGAAAUACCUAAAAUUCUGAAAUAUUACGUUCAAUUGAGAAUUGGAAACACACUGAAAUAUUUCAUAGUCUUAUUUCCAAAUUGGGUGAUUAGCAAAUGUGAGAUUUUAAGUUACUAGACAAUUUUUUUAAAGUCGCUUCUCCAUCCAGUUUUGCUAAGUCUGUAUUACAAUCGCUGUACUGUUCUCUUCCACUGGCAUACAUGCCUUAGCCUGGGAAAGUAGUUUUUAAAUCACGUUCCUUAAAAGAACAUGGAGAAAGGAACAAGGGAAAGACUGGAGGCCAUGGAAUUCCAGGCCUCCCUUCCAGUCAGAACAACUUUGUUCUUGUCUGUUUUACUAGGAUUUUCUUUGAACAGUUUACAAAUCAAUGUCCUUCCUCUUUGCUAGUGAGUAUUUUUAGACAUUGGGACAGUGAAUCUAUCUUCUAGUUUCUAUGUCUACCAUUUAAUAAGAAAGAUAAACAUUCUUGUCAUUUAAAUGCUUUACAGCUUUCAAAUAAUCUUGGGUCCUACAUGUUCUGAACAUCGCUUAUCGGUGUUAUCUCAAUAAAGUUAAAUGUUCCUACGAGCAAAAAUUUUCAUUUAAACAUUUUAUUUCAAACCUUUGAGGAUCCUUCCUAAAGCAGUUACAUUCAAGCUACUGAAAUAUCUAAGAAUUAAUGACUGUUCAUGAAGUUUACCCCUGCAGCAUACUGUACAUGAAGUUCCAACAACCAAAUACCAGUGUCACCAUCUCUUUCAUAGAGGUUCCUAACAUAAGCUGUGCAGUAUGUCUAAUGCACUGGAAUAGCAUGCUCGAUUGGAAACAAAGCAUUUAUCUCUGAAAGCGGUUUGGUGAUGAAGGAGGUUCUUCAUGUUGUGUUCCAGGAUGAUGCCAUCUCCCUUCUCCAGAAAAAUGCCACGUGUUUCAACUUCACUGCCUUUGGAGGCAGAAUUGGUACUUAAUUUUAUUCUCAGUCUUGUAGGAAGACCUGAAAUCGUUUCCUGUAGAUUUAACUGUGUUGAUUCUCCAAAAUUCAGAAUCACAAUAAAGACUCUGUCUAUGCCAUCCAGCUCUCUUGUGUACACGACAGAGUGGCUGUCAUUCCUCACAAGGCAAAACCAGCCCCUGCUCAGGAGCAACUCAUUGGAAUGGAGUAGACUUAAAUCUUGAUAUAAUUUCAAAGUCGAACUGGGCUGAGUCUUUUGGACCUAUUUUUUAAAAGAACAUUUACAUAAAUGGUUGAUUAUAAGAAAUUUUUUUAAUAUUUUAUUAUCUAAUGAGUUAUUUCCCCCAAAGCUUGCUUCCAUUUUUCCCCUUAAAAUAACUGCCAAUAUAAGCAUUAAUAAGUAGAUAAGAAUAGUUUAUAUAAAAACGAAUAGAAAUUGCAAAAUUCAGGUUUUGAGCCCAACUAGGAGCCACUGCUCUGCUCCAUCUUGGAACUGCUGCAGAAACAAACUGACUGCACUCGAUUCUCAAACAAUGUCUGUAUCUAAGUUAACCCUAGUUAACUUGCCUACAUGAAAUUACUCUAGGCUGUAUCAUAACUGCCAAAUGCCUAGGAGAAAAAAAAAGCCAUCAAGGCAAUGGACUCAGAAUUUCUGAUGAAUUUGGACUUAUUUGUCCCCUUUUGUUGGAAUCAUGUAAGUUGCUAUUGUGCAGAGAUCAUGUAACUUCAGCAGAUGUGUUUCUUGCAUAGCUAAUGAUUGAUAAAACAGAAAAUUACAAAUACACACAAAACACACAAAUCUGCCUAAAGUGAAAGUUAGGUAUUGUAGAGUUUUUUUUAAACCAUAAAAGGCAGUAUAAGUCCAUUAAAGAUUUGGGUUUAUUUUACAACUAUAUAAAACAUACAUAAUUUAAUACGUUUAUAUUGUUUUUUCCCCCCUUUAACAUUUUAAGCAUUUUUCUAUUAUGUAACCUCCAUAAAUGUCAUUUUAAUGUUUACAUUUCUAACAUUAUUGUAUAAUUUCAUUCCCCUCCCCCAUCUUUUAGGGAUAUUUAUUUAGGAUAGAUUACCAGAAAGAUAAUUACUACGUCAAAGAGUAUGGACAUCUGAUGCAUAAUGCCAAAUUAUUCUUCAUAAGAGCUGUUGCCAAAUCAACAAUGUUCAUUUCAUUGUACUCUUGCCAGCCAUGUUUUCUGGGGUGGUGGUGGUUAUUAUUAUUGUUGUUGUUGUUGUUGUUCAGGGGUGGGUGAUUAAUAUGUGUCUUAAAUGAAUGUCUCAUGGGUGUUUGAAGAAAAAGUGUAUUUUUUGUUUAUCAGGUACAAAAUAUUUAUGGUACAUGUGUACGACUUGUCAAACUUAUUACUAACAUUUUCUGUAGCCUAGGUAAUGCAUGAAAAGCACAUAGUUCAGUGCUGCUCACAUAAGAAGUGCUCAGUGUUAGCUGUUAUUUUUGUCUAAUUUGAAAUCUCUUCUUAUAACGGAUUUGUCAGUUUCUCUUUGCAUUUCUCAGAGUAUUUGUUUUAUAUAUUUUGAAGCUAUUGUUACAUAAAGAUUCAUGAUUUUUAGUGGACUGUUAUUGUUUUUCAAUCUUUGAAAAUUGAUUGCCUUUGUCUCAUGAUGCUUUUCAUAUUGAAUUCUAUUUUGUCUGCUAUUAAAUAUCUCCAAACCUGC